GCCUCUCCCGGGCGGGCGCGUGCGCAGCGCGGGGUGGGGGGGCCGGGACCCCCGGCGGCGCGUGCGCGGCCGAGCCCGGGGCUGGCGGGAUGGGCCUCGGGGCGCGCCGGCCUCGCUGAGCCGGAGGCCCGGGGCGGGCUGGCGGGGGCCAUGGCGUUCCUGGCCGGGCCGCGCCUGCUGGACUGGGCCAGCUCGCCGCCGCACCUGCAGUUCAACAAGUACGUGCUGACCGGCUACCGGCCGGCCAGCAGCGGCUCGGGCUGCCUGCGCAGCCUCUUCUACCUGCACAACGAGCUGGGCAACAUCUACACGCACGGACUGGCCCUGCUGGGCUUCCUGGUACUGCUGCCCAUGACCAUGCCCUGGGGCCAGCUGGGCAAGGACGGCUGGCUGGGGGGCACCCACUGCGUGGCCUGCCUGGCGCCCCCUGCUGGCUCCGUGCUCUACCACCUUUUCAUGUGCCACCAAGGGGGUAGCGCCGUCUAUACCCAGCUCCUUGCUCUGGACAUGUGUGGCGUCUGCCUGGUCAACACCCUUGGUGCCCUGCCCAUCAUCCACUGCACGCUGGCCUGCAGGCCCUGGUUGCGACCAGCUGCCCUGCUGGGCUACACAGUUGUCUCUGGCAUGGCGGGUUGGCGGGCCCUCACUGCACCUUCCACCAGUGCCCGGCUCCGCGCCUUUGGUUGGCAGGCGGGCGCCCGCCUCCUGGUGUUCGGGGCUCGGGGGGUGGGGCUGGGCUCGGGAGCCCCAGGCUCCCUGCCCUGCUACUUGCGUAUGGACGCACUGGCACUGCUGGGUGGGCUGGUGAACGUGGCCCGCCUGCCUGAGCGCUGGGUUCCCGGCCGCUUUGACUAUUGGGGCAACUCGCAUCAGAUCAUGCACCUGCUCAGCGUGGGCUCCAUCUUGCAGCUGCACGCCGGUGUCGUGCCUGACCUGCUCUGGGCCGCCCACCAUGCCUGCCCCCCAGACUGAGCUGCCCACCGACCUCGCCUGGACUCCAGCCUCACCCCUGGCCCUCUCCAGCCGCCUCUUAGUGUGUAGGCUGCAAGAAAAGCUCCCCUUCUUGGGGCCUCAGUUGACCCUGUGAGCUAUGAGGGCUGGACCAGGGGGCCCCAGUUCUGGCAGUUGGAACCUGUGGGGCACCACAGUGCCCACCCACGCCUCCUGCUUGCAUGCCACCUGCCCACCUCUCCCUUCCAUGCAGAGGCUGGGGUGUGAGUGGUGAGGGCAGCUGGACCGCCCUGUGCCCAGGACCAAAACCAGGAGGCUGGUGAUGCUCAUUCCAGGCCCCUGCAGAGACAGGAAGUGGAGGACCCCGACCUCAGGUGCCAUGCUGGCUCCGGCCUUGCCCGCUCAGGAACUCUCCGCUCUGGUUCACCCUGGCCCCACAGGCCUGAGACCCGGGCGGCAGCAAUAAACGGGCAGGAAGCGGUUUGCCACGUGAGCUGGCACUCCCAGGA